AUGCUAGUCCUGGGCCACAUUGUGGCUCAGGACUGGGACUUGAGCAAAGAGGAGUGGGGAUUCCUCCAUCUGCGUCUCGUUUGCAAGGCCUUCAAGAUUCUCAACUUGAAUGAGGCCUUGCAGAAAAUCCAUCGUGAGGAUGUGGAUCCUAUCAAAGGUGAUCUACCACCUGAUGAGAAAGACAAUGUUCCAUUGUCCCUCGCUGCGCGAGUCGUAAGCCUGGAGAUCACUCGGCUCUUGUUGCAGCGCAACGAUUUGGAUCCUAAGAUCUGGGUUGAGGAUUCAUAUCAGCGUACGGCAUAUGACUGGGCUGACCAUUUGGACUACGAUGAGAUUCAGGAUGUGCUCCAAGCCUAUAUGCCUCAGGGAGCAUGGUCGAUGCGGACUGCUGCUAGCACAGCGUGAUGUUUUCGUGAUUGUUUCUCCUUCAAUUUCUCACCGAGAGUUAUCUCCAUGGUGGACCAGCGUGCAUCUUCGAUCCUUUUGUCCCUUUUGUACUCAUUGGUUCGAUUUGUUUUAUUCGAGCAGUCACGUGUGGCUGUUCUGGGAUGAAUAAGCAC